CUUAAAUUAAUUGUUAGCACAGGUUAUGAAUACUACAAGGGAAGUAGCCAAGCUUAAAAGGAGAGAAAAUAGCCUUAAAAAAAUUAAGCAAAGUAAAAAAUCCAAGAAUAGCAUUCAAAAUUCAUUAGAUUCCAAUGCAAUUCUUGAGAAAAUAAGAAAAAGGAAGCAGGAAUUACGAACAAGGCAGUUAAAUACCUCUGUUAGGAAGUCUUCCCAGCCUCGUACAAACUCCUCUGGAAGGGUUAGGAGCUCUGACCAUGAGAACAAGCUCAGCUAUGUCUAUCAACACAAAUUGAAGAAACACAAAUAAUAUAAAGCAUUCGAAAUCCCGUUCCAAGAAGAGACCACUGAGGAGGAAGAAACGGAGGUCUAAGAAGAAGUCAAAGAGCAGGAGGAAUGUCCAAAAGCAGGAAGUUCCUCCCUUCUCAGACAACUUCACUGAUCUCAGGAUCAACCCGAAAGGAAAAGCCAAGAAAUAAAGAUGGGAGUUUAGAGCUCUUUGAUCAGUCCUUCGGAAAUCCUUCCAGCAAGGAUGAUCCGUUGAACAGAUCUAAAGACCUGCAAUUCGAUCUGAGUCCUGGAAAAUCUUCCCAGAUGACCAAGAACGAGGAGCUGUAUUGUGACCAUGCUGAGCAUCAGCAGAAAGUUGAGAGGAUAAAGCAGAAGGAGGAAGCUAAUCUGCACAAAAUGCAGAAUGAAAAACAUACGAAUAAAUAAGUCUCAAUUCAUGUGCAAGUAUUAUGUCCCCAUCCACAAGAGGGUCCACUCAGAGAUCAAGCAUCGGCAAGCCAAGCUUGAUAAGCUCCAGCAGUCUGUGUGGCAGGAGAGGAAAAAUAAGGAGAAAAUGGAGAGCGAUGAGCUCUUCUUCCCUCGGACAAAACUGUCCUAUGAACUUCAGAGAAAGAGGAGGAGUAUUAACAUCAUUCAUGAGAAGAACCAGGAUCUCUACCACAAUUAUAGUCUUCAGACCAGUCAUCAAUCCUUCAUGAAUUUCUUGAAGGAUCAUGAGGCUUGGGAUUACCGAAGACAGAAAAAGAUAGAAGAGGAGAAAACCAAGAAGGAACAAAAGAUUCUUGAAGAACUUACCUUUACUCCAAGUAUAAACCAGAAUAGUUAUAAAUUAUUGCCUAAAAGAAACGAGAGCGUGGAAGAGCGCCUAAUGAUGAGGGCGGCUAAGUCUCAAGCCAAGCUUGAGAGCAUGAGGCUAGCACAAGAGUUCUCCUUUCAGCCUAAUAUCUAUAAGGGUUCAAAGGAAGGAAAAUGAAUAUUAUCCUUAAAGAAAUCCGAUCAUAAUUGAUCAAGGACAGGGAAUUCAGAGAUUCCUCCCCUCCCACCACGUGAUCCUGUCGGAGUGACCAAAGUAAAACUGCAGUAUAAGGAGAACGAGAAGGUGAUAAAGCACAACACUGAGACUGAAAAGAGCAAGAUUCGGGAGUUUUCUCCUGUUCUUGAGACCUCUCAGAGAGACUAUGCUACCUUAGAUGAGCAUUCGGCCUAAAAUCAUUCAAUUAAAAA